AUGAAGGGCGGCCGGCGCUUCCAGGAGGGGCACGAGGCCGAGACGCCUGGCCCCGGCGCCUACGACUCGGCCCCGCUGUCGGCGCGCAGGUCCAGCGUCUGCUCCUGCAAGGAGGCGCGCCCGUCCACCCCAGGGCGCAAGGCCACGAAGGCCCAGGUCUCGGUCUCGGCGCAGGCCUCCCCGAAUCGGAAGGAGCCAGACCAGAGGAAGAAGGAGGCCGAGCUGAGGGCCGCCGUCGCAGAGGCGAACCGCCUCGGGGAGCUGUGCGAGGGUCUGCGGGAGAAGUCGCUGCAGGACCAGGCGGCCGCCGAGGGCGCCCGGGCGGAGGCCUCCGCACUGGAGCAGCGGCUGGCCGCGCUGCAGCUGCAGGCCGCGGAGGGCGAGGCGGAGGCCGCGGCGGGGGCCGCGGCGCUCGGGGCCGCGGAGGCGCGGGCGGCUGGCCUCGCCGAGGAGCUGAAGCAGGCGAGGGACUCGGCCGCCGCCGAGGCGGCGAGCAUGGACAGGGCGCUGCUGGAGGAGAGGGCCGCCGCGUCGUCGCUGCGCAGCGAGGUCCAGGAGGCCAAGGCCCACGCCUCCUCGCUGGACGGCGAGCUCGGAGAGGCCAGGGCGGCCGCCGCAUCCCUGCGGCAGAGGCUCGCGGGCUCCGAGGCGAGCUCGGCGUCGAAGGCAGCCGACCUGCGCCGUGAGCUCGAGGAGGCCAAGGGCGCCUCCGCGGUGCUCGGCCGCCAGCUGGAGGAGUCGAAGGCCCAGGCCACGUCGCUGGGCGCAGAGCUCGAGCAGGCCGAGGCCCACGUCGGCUCCCUGCGCGAGGAGCUGCGCCAGGCCGAGGCCGCCGCCGUCGGCGACGCGGCCGCGCUGCGGCGGCAGCUGCAGGAGGCGGAGGCGGCCCGCGCCGCCCUCGGCGAGGAGCUCGAGGACACCAGGAAGGACAGGGCGUCGCUGACCCAGGAGCUGGGCCUGGCCGCAGACAACCUGGCCGCGCUGGGCCAGGAACUCCAGCGCGUCGAGGGCGAGUCGGCCCGCCUGGGCCAGGAGCUCGAAGACGCCAGGGGCGAGUCAGCCCGCCUCGGCCGCGAGCUCGACGAGGCGAAGUCAAGCGCCGCUGCGGCCGCCUCGGCGCUCACCUGCGAGCUGGAGGCAGCCAGGGCCAGCGGUGACGAGAUGCGGCGGGAGUUGCGCGAGGCUCAGGCUGGGGGCAGCGCCGCCAGCCGGGCGCUGGAGGAGAUGAGGGCCAGCGCGGCGACCUUGAGCAGCCAGCUGGAGGAGGCCAGGGAGAGCGGCGACGCCGCGCGCCACGAGCGCGACGAGGCGAAGGCGUCGGUGGAUCGUCUGGGCGCUGGCACCCAGAAGCUGAGCAACCAGCUGGAGGAGGCCGAGGCAAGGGCUGCCUCGCUGGGUGAGGAGCUCAGGAAGGCCAAGGAGGACGCGGCGGCUAAGGCCAAGGAGCGCGACGAGGCGAAGGCGUCGGUGGAACUUCUGGACGCUGGCUCCAAGACGCUAGCUCGCAAAUUGGAGGAGACCGAGGCGGAUGCCUCCACGCUGACCGAGAAGCUCAGGGAGGCUAAGGAGGACGCGGAGGCUACGGCCAAGGAGCGCGACGAGGCGAAGGCGAUGGUGGAGCUUCUGGACACUGGCUCCAAGAAGCUGGCUCGCCAGUUGGAGGAGACCGAGGCGGAUGCCACCUCGCUGACCGAGAAGCUCAGGGAGGCCAAGGAGGACGCGGAGGCGAAGGCCAAGGAGCGCGACGAGGUGAAGGCGUCGGUGGAGUUUCUGGACGCUCGCUUGAAGAAGCUGAGCCGUGACUUUGAGGAGACAGAGGCGAAAGCCGCCUCGCUGACGGGGGAGCUCAGGGAGGCUCAGGAGGACGCAGAAGUAAAGGCCAGGGAACGCGACGAGGCGAAGGCGUCGCUGGAGCUUCUGAACGCCAGUUCCCAGAAGCUGAGCUGCGAGCUUGAGGAGACUGGGGCGAAAGCCGCCUCGCUGACCAGGGAGCUCAGGGAGGCUCAGGAGGACGCAGAAGUAAAGGCCAGGGAACGCGACGAGGCGAAGGCGUCGUUGGAGCUUCUGAACGCCAGUUCCCAGAAGCUGGGCAACCAGCUGGAGGAGGCCGAGGCGAGGGCUGCCUCGCUGGGUGAGGAGCUCAGGGAGGCCAAGGAGGACGCGGCAGCCAAGGCCCUGGAGCGCGACGAGGCCAGCGACAGGGUGGCCUCGCUCGAGCAGCAGCUUCAGCAGGCCAGCCGCACGCAGGAGGACAUGCGGAGCCGCCUCGAGCGUGCACGUGAGCACGCGGCCGAGCUCGAGGUGGAGGUGGACCUCGCGCGCGAGAUGAAGGGCCACUGGGCCGAGGUGGAGGCCGAGAGCGCGGAGCUCCGCGCGGAGCUGGCGCGGGCCGGGCCCGGUGUCGAAGAGAUGCGCCAGAAGCUGCAGGGGGAGGAGAAGCUGCGUUCGGAGCUGGACAGGCUCCGCUUCGCCAAGAAGGAAUCGGACAUGUUCCGGUCCGCGAAGGAGAAGGCGGAGGAGAAGUUGAAGGAGUGCAUGCUCGACUUGCAGUACUGGCGGCAAAAGGGGGAGGUGUGCGUGGCAAGCGACGAGCGGCUGCAAGCGCAGGCAGAGGAGCUCGCCUCUGCGGAGCAGCAUGUCGAGGAGCUCCGGCUGCAGAACCGGCAGCUGCUGUUGUCCGCCCAGCAGUUCAAGCAGGAUUGGGAGUGCAUGGACGCUGAGAACAGCACCAUGCGCGAGAUGUUGCAGGUCUUUGAGGUGGAUCUCGAGCGCGCCACCGACCAGAACGCCCAGCUUAUCGGCCACACCAACCACCAGCAGAAGAUCAAGCACACGAUGAAGCUGAAGGAGGAGAACAAUUCCCUGCGGGAGCAGCUGAAGCAGGCCCGCAAGCGCGUCGCCGCGCUGGAGGUGAGCUCCUCCUGCGCCGCGUCGAGGCCCGCCGAGAGCCUGCUGGACGCGCUGGCCCCCUUCUGCGGCGAGGUCGGGCAACGAAGCGGCCCCCGCGGUUCCGUGGCGGAGCGGCCCUCGGUGUCGCGUGCGACGCUGCGCUCGGCGGAGCGCCGGGGCGGCUCGGAGGCGCAGCGGCUGCUGGCUGACGCCGAAAGGAGGUGCCAAGCCCAGGAGCGCGCCAUCGAGCGCAUCCACAUGGACUUCCAGCACUUCGUGCUCCUCAUGGAGCGCGCGGUCUCGGCCGACGGCGCCGCCGAGCCGGGCCUGCCGCUGGGGGCGAGCGGCCCCGAGGCCGUGCUGGAACGCCUGCGGCGGGUCGCGGGCGCCGCGCUGGGGGGGCCCGCGGCGGGGCGCCGCGCCUGUGGCGCCGAGGCCACGGAGGGCGCACAGGUCGCCGAGGAGGGCGUCGAGGACUUCGAGUGA